AUGCCUGAAGACAAGCGUCUUCCGCUAGGGUUGCAUGCAUUGAAAAUUAUUGUCUGCGGGGACCAUUCGUACGUUGACGUGUACGUUGCGAUUGUGCCACCGCAUACCGAUUGCAUAGUGUUCAGCAUCGACGGUUCGUUCUCAGCCAGCAUUUCGGUCAGCGGCAAAAAUCCGAAAGUUAGACCUGGUGCCGUCGAUGUCGUCCGCUACUGGCAAGAUAUGGGUUACCUGAUUUUAUACGUCACCGCUAGGCCAGAUAUCCAACAGCGGCUAGUCGUUUCAUGGUUAUCACAGCACAAUUUCCCUCACGGUCUUCUGUUCUUUACCGAAGGCAUCUCGGCUGAGCCGCUACGCCAAAAGACCAACUAUUUGAAGUCGUUGCUUUCCGAACAUCAAAUCUGUAUCCGUGCGGCGUACGGCUCUGGAAAGGACGUUCAUGUGUACAAAGAAGUCGGUCUGAAGAAGGAGACAGUGUUCGCUAUUGGCAAGGUGUCCAAGAAAUGGCAGGAUGAUUGUCAAGUACUUAUUUUUCACAGCGGCGUAUCAUUGUAAAC